AGAAAAGAUGCUAAAGGACGUGUUGACGUGUUUUUGAGGGGCUAACAUGUCAGUCAAUUUUUCAAGACCUCCGUGGAAGGAUCACUUCUGAGAUUAUCAGCACUUUACUUUAUUCUUGAACCAACUCUCUCGAAGAAACAUGGCUGUUUGGGUUAUCUUACCAAUUGUUCUGUGUGCCGUCUCAUUCAUCGGGUGUUGGACAGUAUACGGACUUGCAUUAAGUUUCAACCAUGUCUGCUCACUUAAUAACUGGGAAUACAGAAACUCAUGUCACCCAAAUGAAACCGGGAUUUGCUGCACCCUGGAUAAUGUGCCCACCGUAAGCACAAGUGGAACAAACUUUCCAGAAAACUCCCUUUUCACAGCAACAAUCAAUGCUGGUUCAUUUUUGUUUCUGAUUUUUUGCGUUUUCCAUCAUGCACACAUCCUGGACAGGAACAGUGUUCAUUCUCUUCUCAGUAAGAUUGCAAUGAUUUUAGGCUGUGUGGUGUCUGUGGGUGCAUUCAUGUCAGGAAACUGCAAUCCAGCAGAGCUGGUGUUACUGCAUUACCUGGGUGCUGCUGUGAGCUUUUUGUUUGUGUGUCUGUACAUGACCAUCCUGACGUCCCUCACUAGUAAAUGUAUGCUGACGGGAUGUGAACAGGUUCUCUAUCCACUACGCAUUAUCUCCUCAUUUAUCCAGAUUUCUGCCACCAUUCUCUAUGGCAUCUUCUUCAUCCAGGAGGAUUACUUCUACAAGCACAUCUCUGCUGUGUUUGAAUGGUUUCUGUGUGUCAAUCUGGAGCUCUAUGAACUCAGCUACUCUGUGGAGUUCUACUUUUUCUCCUCAUCAAUGCUUUCAGUGCUUUUAGCAAAGAAAGAAGAAGAGAAACCUCUCAUUUUGUCUUAAUGUGGAAAAUCCUUCAGAACUCUAUAGGUUUUUCCAUUAUGGGUUCAUAAUGCAAGACAUUUUAAAUGUAACCUCAUUCAAACAGAAGAUCUACUCAGGAGACAUGUGGAGGGAUUGCACAUACUUUUGAAGUUGCCAUAUAAUGUACAUACUUCCUCUGAGAUUGCAAGCACUGGAUUUACUCUGGAGCAGGAUACUCUGAUUUUUCUCAGAGUGGAGCAACAGGCACUUUGAACUUCUUAGUUUCUUCCUAAGCAUCUUUACUUACAAAAAUACCGUACAAAUGCAAUAUUUGACCUCAGAUGACUUCCUGUGAGCAAGAGUAACUCGGUUGGGUGCAUGCUGCUUAGAUGAUUGUUCAGUUUACCUCACACUUUUAAUCUAAUCACUCAGUCCCUUGAUAAUGUGGAAAAUCAACUGCUGGCAGGAAAUGUGUAUUUGUCAGAAAUUAAAGUGUCACAAGGUCUAUGUAGAAAAAGGUAAGAAUAACACAUUGGCAGUCACAGGCUUAUCUCAAAUUCAAUUAUUUUCCAUUAUAUUAUAUUGUUGUGUCAGAACUUCAAUUCAGAGACUCUAGGGUGAAAUUAGGAGGACCAUAGCUAAGUGGUCCAGCAAUAAAGAGCCAGUGUAUUUAUUCUCUGAAUCAAAGUUUGUUGCUAUUUAUAGUUGUACAUAUAAGUACUCAGCAUUAUGAGUUUUGGAUGUUGAGAUGCACUUAUGACAAGCCUACAAACAGACCUUACAGGGUACGUUUGCAUGAAUCAGCAUGCGUUAAUUAAUUUGACUGCUGAAAUUCAGUUGUGUUUAAUGUUGUAAUGCUGCUGCUGCUGCUUAAAAGAAUCUAGAGAUAAACCUCCCGUUGACAAAUACCUAUAAUAUAAUUGUGGUUUCACAACAUAAUGGCCAGCUGGAUCUUACCACACACACACAUUAAAGUCAGAAGCACUGUACAAUAAUUCAAUGGAAGGACUAGCACUUGAAACACCUGUUUUGUUUCUGACACACCCAUUGUGUUUAACUAAGAAAACCACUCUUGUAUGCAGUAAUUCACUUGGGCAGGCGAAGCUCCAACUCUAUCGUUGUUUUUCUGUUAACACUUUAUUUAACAGGUCAGGUUCAAUGGGGUAAUCAUCUAAAACAUAGUUCCCUUAUUGCCAUUUUUAUUAUUAAAUAAUGUAGUCUGCAACUAUGUAUUGGCCAUGAAUUCUCAAAAUUGUUUUCACAAUCAAAUAAUAUGAUAUACAUUAACUUACGGUCUACUUUAUGGUAACUACAAUCUCAAAUACUGUAUGACUUAGAAUUACAAAGAAACUUCCAGAGCAGGGAGGGGAGAUACAGGACAGCUCCUUCUAACUUCAACUUUCAAAGUCAAGGUGGAGGAGUGAAUUUGUUUGGAAAGGUUAUGCACACACACUGCUGUAAGACAAAGACACCGUUGCAGCUGAGGACUUUGCACCUGUGCUAAAGAAUGAAGUAGUGUUGAAUGAGUUCUGAAAGAAAUGAGUCCUAAAACCUGUUAGCAUUUUUGCACUUAAACUUCUGUUGUCCCAAAGUCUAGGGUGUGUGGUAAACACAAGCUCAAGGUAUUUUCACUUUAUAUUUUACGACAUAAAAUAUAUCAGAAAAAC